AUGGCCUUGGAUGGACCUGGACAUCCCUCCUGCACGCCUCAUCAAAUCAGUCGGGCCUUGCUGGAGUGGUUCAUCUCCUUUCCCAUGUCUCCAUCCAGCAUCUGCAUCUGCAUCAGUAUCCGCACCUGCCCUCCCGCCGCCCGGGGUUCCUUGGGAAAGGGAAAUAACGAAAUAACGAAAGAGGGAGAGAUACAUACGGAGUAUCAGGCCCUUAUGAGGGAUAGGUGUAGGCGCAUAGAUACUCCGUACAGAUUUCCAUAUACAGACACUCGCGCACCACACUUUUACAGGACACACCCCCGUCACCCUUCCCGCUGGUGGGCCCGCGGGUUCCCAAAGAACAGAAACCGUUCAGUGCCUGCCCACCCUCCAUGA